UGAUCGUCUUUUACCAGCAUCACCGAUGCAGGACAGUUGACCGCAAGCUUGAGGCAGGGAGCAAAGUCCUGAGAUCCAAUAGCAAUACUACUCCCCACCUCCAGCGCAUCUCCAUGUCAAGUCCCGCUACCUCCCCACGCCCCGCAGAACGGCAAGACAUCCACAAAUCAUGCCAAACGCUCGAGACAGUCAUAAACAUGCUUAAUGACUACUGCCAAGCUGCGGGGGCUAUUGUCGCAUUACAGCGGAAGCUCUCAAAAGCCCUCAAAGAAGCUGCCGCCCUCAAAACCACUAAUGAGAUCGCAGGCAACGCUUUGAACGUUAGCGCAAGCAUAUUCGACGUUGUUUCUGAUGUCGAUGCUAAGUUUGCAAAGAUAGCUGAUAAUGAAUAUGGCAGUAUCAGUUCAGAGUUGAAAAAAUGGUUCAAGAAGCUUGCAAAAGAAGAGAAAGCUCAUGACGAACGUAUGAAUGAUUCGAAUGUUCGUAUCAAGCAAGCUGGUCAGGCAUACGAGAAGAAAGCUAAGAAGAGCGCACGCGAUGUUGGGGAAGAACACGCUCGUUAUGUUAAUCUGCUCAGUAUUCUUGGUCCUGAGAUGUCCCAGGAGAAAUAUAAUCAUGCACUGCUUGUGACGCAACAGCACACAUCAACUACAUAUAGCGUAGCAGCAUGCCUCUCAAGGGUUGCGGACGCAGAAUGGGCGCGAACAUGUGAAAGCAUCCGUCGAUUCUCCCCGUCUAUUGGGCCGCUCGGCGAAUGGCGAGCUCUCUGUGAAGGCGCAUGGGCAGGUCCCUUACCGGAUGACCUACGAGACAUAUCACUCACACCUGCUCAAGUUCCACUUUCAACCCGGGGCGUAACAGAAUGGGGUCAAAACAUCCCGCCUGGCAAACACGAAUACCAAACUUCGCUUCCCCUUCCCUCCCAAACCAAUCCCGCCGACCUCGAACGCCCCCACCCGCCAUUCAGCUUCAACGAGCAGAAUCAGAACCAGGGCUCCAUCAGCUCCAUCACGACUCUCAGCGCGUUCCCUUUCCCCCCGACGCAUUUCCCUAUUCCUUUAGCUGCCAACGAAGCAGAGCUGCAGCGCCAGAGAACGCAAAUGCAGAGUUUACAAGUUCUCCAACCAACUCAACAACAAAUCUUACUACCGAAAUCUCCACAACCGAUCGAGAAUACGCUUUCUGAUACGCAUAUGCUCGUUGAUUUCACGUUGCAUUCUGCGUCUCAGGGACAGACUACGCUUUCAUCUUCGCAGUAUGGAUACUCUAAUGAUCAGUUUGAGGCGAGAAUGGCACAGGAAAUAGCUGGGCCGGGCAUAUCGACUGGUGGCGAGAAGAAGGUCCUAGAACAGACGCAGUCCCAGUCCCGCGAGGAAGUAAGGUUCCGUCGACCAUCCCUAAUCGCACGAGCGACUUCAAGCGAGAAAACACUUGGCAGUAAGCAACCAGAACACACUCCUCCUUCAGAGCGCGAGUUCGGUGCUUCAGCAGAGAGCCGCAGCGCACUCAAAAGCCGGAGUUUCGAUGCUGCCAAGAAAACGCUUGAGCGCACUGAUAGUUCUGUGAGCCAUGGGAGCAUCGUUGCUGCUAUGCGUAAUCGUUAUAGUCGUACAGUCGAGCCUUUGCCUCUGGUGCCGAAAGAUGUACCACGCUUAUCGAUGAGCGUUUCAGAUCUUGCUUCUAGGUAUCAGCCUAUAGAUGAACCCACGACUCCUCGACGUUCACCGACCGUCGAUAGGCAGGCGGUCAAUCAAGAUCCUCCUGCUUCCCAAGCUACCCGUGACAGCCCUUUCGGCGAGGACGAUAUUCGAGGGCGGAGACAGCACAUCGAACAGCUCACGGAACUAGAGAGGGAGAAAGAAUACGAGCUCCAACAGCGCGAACGAGAACUCGACCAGAAAACGCGCGAUUUUGAGCUCGAUCGAAUGCAUUUUCUUGAUGCACGAGGCGACCUUAUCAGUACGAGUCACACGCCCAAAAGGCCUCAUGCGACACCAUUCCAGCACAAACGCGGCUCACAAAGCACUUCACACCUCGUCCCUCCACAGGAUUCGACUUCACCGCAACGGGGUUCUCAAUCUCCAUCGCGCUCACAGCCGUCUUCUCCUCUACCUGCAAAAGGCCACGCGCCAUUUUGCGGUUGCGAUACGUGUUCUGUCAUUAAAUACAAAACGCCAGAGUUUUCACCCUCUCCUCACGAUCUACGUCCUCCCGAGCCUCCUAUUCUCUUACGCCCUGAGAAGCCCAUGGGCUGGAUACGGAGACUGAGCAUGCCUGCUGUGGGUGCGGGACUCUCGUUGGACGCGAAGAAAAACGUGAGCGCUACGAGUCUGAAGUUUGGGUUGUCGUCUGCGGUUGAUAAUGGGAGACGGAGGAAGCGUAGUUUUGAUCAGGGGAUCAGUAAUCGGAGCGUUGGGGUGGUGCGGAGGUAGUGUGAUAUGUGCUUUAAAUCGUUCCGUUUUGUCUUCUCCCUUUUGGAUACAUGCAGUUGAUAGAUCUUCCGUUAUGGCUUAUUUACGGCUCAUGCACGCUGAAUCAUGAUCUGAUUACCGCGAAU